AUGUUGCUGAAUGUAGAAAACCCAAGGCAAAUAGUAGAGUAUGGGCAGCCAAAUGAAGUAGAGGUGGAAGAUAUUAUGGUGCAAGAGGUGAAGAAAGCAAUUAGAAGAAUGAAAAACGGGAAAGCAACUGGACCAGAUGAGAUACCUGUUGAGGCUUGGAAAGCGCUGGGCGACCUGGGAGUCGAGAUUGUGUAUGAGAUCAUUUGCCAAGCAUUUGAUAGUGAAAGACUGCCAAAUGAAUGGAGAGAAAGUACCCUGGUACCAAUUUGCAAAGAGAAAGGGGACAUCCAGGACUGUGGAAAGUAUAGAGGGAUAAAGCUUAUGAGUCAUACAAUGAAGGUAUAUGAAAGAGCAUAUGAUCGAGUACCAAGGGAGGAAGUGUGGAGGUGCAUGCGGGAGAAGGGAGUGCCAGAAAAAUAUGUGAGGGUGUGCCAGGAUAUGUACAGAGGUGUAUACAUACAAGUGAGGACAGCGGUCGGGGUGACGGACAAGUUCCCAGUAACAGUUGGGCUACAUCAGGGGUCAGCAUUGAGUCCAUACCUCUUCAAUCUUGUCAUGGAUGUGAUAGUGAGGGACGUACUGGAGGAGGCCCCAUGGACUAUGUUAUUUGCCGACGACAUAGUCUUGGUGGCGGAGACCAGAGAGGAAGUGGAGGGGAAAUUGAACAGGUGGAGGGACGCAUUGGAAAGUAGAGGACUAAAGAUAAGUCGGGACAAAACAGAAUACAUGCAGAUGGGACAACAAGAUGAUGGCAACCAAUCGUACUUGGCACAGGAAAGGUGGAGGCUUUCAGGUACUUGGGCUCAAAUCUGUCGCAAGAUGGUGAACUGGAUAUAG